AUGAAGAGAAUUACACAACCUUCAUUGGUUCACAUGCCCCCCCUCCUGAGAGAAGCUUCAAAUUUUGAAGUUGAGUCAAGUUCUAACAUAGAGGUAGAUGAUAUAGUUGUUGAAGUCUCUACUAGUGAGGAUGAGAUUGAGAGUGUUGAGGAUCUCCAAGAUGCAUGCAAUCAAUUAUAUGAGGAGUGUCUUAAACAUAAGAAGAAGUUGCUUUCAUUAAGCACGAGACUCAAAUCAAGUGAAGAUGAUAAGAAAGCACUUCAUGUGGACUUGGUAAACUUCAAGGCUCAUAUUUAUGGACUUGAUGAGGAGAAGUCCCUCCAAGAAAAAGUGAGAUUUCUUGAGAGUGAGCACAGAGGGCUUGAAGAAUCAAAGAAGUGUCUUGAGUACAAAUUGAUUAAACUUGAUAGAGAGCUUCCCAAUCGCAAGAACUUUCAAAGAGACUUUCCCUCA